GGCUUUGAGGAUCCUGGAUGAGCUGUCAAUGAAGGACAGUAUAACGAGAACAUGAUGGGAGACUACAUUUGGGGGCUGAUUCGUGAAAGUGAUUUACAGUAUAAUCGUAAAUCUCGAAAAACUACUUACUUCUAAAUCUUUUGUAGUCAUUUUUGUAUUACUUUAGUAUAAAUACAUGUUAAUUUGGAUUCAUAUGUUGUUUUUUCUGACUUUACGUGAACGAAAAGACACAAAUCCACCCGUUUUCUCAUUGGAAAUAGGUAAAUUUCAAAAUAUCACUGUCCUGGUCACAAAAGCAAAGUUUGUGGGGAAUAAUAGCCAUUUUCUAUACUUUUGAGGCAUAAGCAAUUAGGAAAUAACACUUACUACCCAGGAACAGAAAUUGUGUUACAUUCAUAGCCAGUACUACAAGGAACCAUAUGAGCUUUCCUCCCAGGUCUAUGUACAGUAUGUACAAAUCGAACUGGCUUGGGUACAAAACCAUCCAUUCAUCCAACUGACAAUGGGGUAGUUUCCAUGUGUGUUAUAAUUUUACUCAAGACAUUGUGCUCGAGCAAAAUGAAAAAUGGCCCUGUAUAUUUCAGGUUUAUUUUCGGCCACAAAUCUGAUCCUCUCGUGCUGUUCUCCCAAACAAGGCACUCACAUCGCCACUUCACAUGUAAAUAACCACACAUGGAAACUCCCCCACUGACACUGGUAUAGUAUUAACUUUGGUAUUAACACAGUAAGUUAUUGAGGCAAGCACAUUCUCCCUUCCAACAGAUGGCGCUUCAGGAUACAGAAUUGAUGGCUACUUUGUACUCCACUGUUAACAAAAACAAGGAGAUAGAAAAGGUCAGUCACGCUGCGGCCUUUGAACAUGUUGCAUGCUUGAACUUUUUUGAUGGCCAGUCCAAAGCUCCUGCCAUUCCUCUUAGGAUAAAAUCUACAAAGGCUGGUUUCGAUGAGUUGUCACCAUCUUCAAAGCAAAAUGUAUUUAAAAAGAAAAUGGUGACUAAAGAAGAACAAAAAUAUGCAGAACAAUACAUAGAGGUAAUGAGCUCUUCCAGUCUAUGGGACAUUGAUACUGAUUUGGAUCUUACUGACAAAGAGGACCAGAGCAAGGAUGAGGUUAAACAAAGAAACCUGAACAAAAAAGAAAAUGGAGGUAGAAAUUCAAACAGGGGGAGAAGAAAAGGAGAACUGACAGCAAAUGCCUUGAGAGAGGAAGAAGAUGAACUCAUCUGGAUAAAAGCAAAAGAAAAGAUUGACAAGUUCUUUGGAUCUCAACUGGUUGGAAGUGCUGGAGUCAGAGCACUGAAAUCUGAUGGAGAUUUUCAGAGAAGAACAUGCAGGGCAAUGGAAAGUGAAAUCUUGAAUCCACCCUCCAACACAAGACAGAAUGCUGUGUUUCUACACAAGGCACAGGUGUCUGUGAGGCCUGUUACAAUUCCACUGCCCAACGGAACAAGUCAAAAUUGCUUUAGCAGUUCUGAUGCUCUGCCUCAUCUUAACCUCAGCUAUAAAAACAUCUGUGAAGCCAAUGGAAGAAACUUCAGACACAGUGUUCAUCAACAUGACCGUGCUAAUCAACAGAAACCUCUUCUUCAGCCUGGCCAAGACAAUUAUUUGAGUGCUCUUCUCUCCUGCAAUGCUUCUGAUGUCAUGACUAAAUAACACCUAAUUACAGCAGAUCUUUAACUCCUCUUAAUGAUGUAGUUUACUGGGUGCUUCAUGGUUCUGUCACAAUAUUAUAAUAAAG